AAAGUUAAGAAAAGAAAAUUAUAUGCAGAGUUGGUAGAAGUAACAAAUCAAACAACAAGCAACAAAAGGGCUACAGUACAGAAAAUACAUGCUUCUGACAUAUCAAUGAUGGUUGGACAGGAUACUAUGGAUAAAUCGCAUCAAAGUACAGACUCUAGUAUAAAUGAAAUCCCUUUAAGAAAUUCAAGGAAAAAUGAUUGUAUUUCAUCUAAGAAUGAAAAUGAUCUGAAUAUAGAGAGUAUUGUAGAGGCCACAGCUAGUCAAGAAAUAAAUAGUUUCAAUGAAUUCUUGAAUAACGAGAAAGCUAUAGACGCGGAUGAAGCAGCAGAUGAUUCAUUGUUUAAAUUAUUAGAGAAUGCAAAGUUUCAGACAGAACAAAACAAUUCUUUCUAUUAUAACAAGUAUCUUACAGAACACUACAUUAAAAACUUGUUAGUACACAUGGAAGUAUAUUUAAGUUGUGGUAUGGUGAAUAAAGCAUACAAGACACUACUGAGAUAUCGAAAACAUGUGCAAAAUAAAUCAAAUAAAUCGCAAAAAAUGAUCGGACUGUAUAAUAUAGUCUUAGAAGCGUAUGCUUCUAGAAAUGAUGUCACAAAAGUAUUAGAAUUAUAUGAAAUGAUAAAAAAUGAUUCAUUAGCACCAUCAGAACAAACAUACGUAUAUCUAUUUGAUGCUUUAGGAAAGAACCAACAACAGCACAAUCAGACAGAUCUAUUAAAAAAACUGUGGAGUGAAAUGACAAGUAAUAAUAUAUCUUUUAAUAGUAUCUUUAAUGAAGCACAUUUCAAGCAUGAUCAACGAGAAAAUGUAUUAAAGACAAUUAGACUGUUGUUACCAAAUUUUGAGCCAACAUAUACAAAACUAGAUACAAAGUAUAAGUGCGAGUUAAUAAACAAAUAUCCCAUGAUGGAUAAUUAUCAAAGUCCAGCGAAAGGGAUAAUAAAGUUGGAAGAAUUAAAAGAUUACAUGAAAAUGCAGCUUCAAAAUGAAGAAGAUAUUGAGGUGUUAAUAGAAAGUAUAAAUAGUCCACCUAAAAACAAGAAGGUCGUUUCUGCCUACAGGGCAAAAAUGAAGCACUUUGAAAAUUAUUGGAAAACAGUUGCUGCAGCUGCUUUUAAAAGAAAUCUAAAAUGUUUAAAGGCAAAUGAAUGUUUUUCGUACAAUAAUAGUUUAAUGGUAUUACAUCCAUUUUUGGAAGUGUUGGAUUCAAAACAGUAUGUAAAUGCUAUAAUACGAGAAGUUCAGAAAAUAGCAAGAGGUUCAGAUGCUUUUAGUACAGAUAUUAACUCGUUACAUAUUGAGCUGGGAAUAUAUAUUUAUACCAAAUACGAUCUUGAGACGAAAAAACAAAACGGAGUAUUGGAUAAGGUAGUCAGCAUUUAUCAGAAGUACCUAGAAUGGUACUUACAUCCUGAAAAUAUAGAACAAUUCGACAAUAUGAACAAUCGUACCGUAUGGGAAUAUAUUCAACGGCAAGAAGAAAAUAUUGGUACAUCUAUAAACUUGACAUGUUCUAAGUGGCCUUUGAGUGUGCUCAUAAGUGUCGGCAAGUUUUUAUACAAUAUUAUCUUAAACGAUCUGCUGGUUACACCCGAUCUCUUGAAAGGACAAGAAAUAAAAAGUUCUAUUCCUGCAUUUUAUACACUAUUUAGAAAUAAGAAAACAUAUUUAGCGGAACAGAUUAAGCCUCACCCUAUUGUGUCAAAAAUAUACAAAGAAUCACAGCUAGAAAUAUUAUCAUUUAAAUCGAUUUUUGUGCCUAGCUAUGUCCCACCAUUUCCGUGGAUUUCAGUACUCAGAGGAGGAUAUAUUGCAACGGAAACCGAUUUCGUAAGAUCUCCAAUUAACACAGAUACUCCAAUGCAGAAACUUCAAAGUACACCAUUACAACAAUUGCAUCUAGUGUUCGAUUCUUUAAAUCAACUUAGUUCUAUUCCAUGGACAAUUAAUUCUCGUAUACUCGACAUCAUCAUCAAAAUAUUUCGAGAAGGUGGUUCUAAGGAAUUAAAUAUACCUCAAUCAAUUUCUACGUUAUCGUUUCCACCUGAUUUACCGUCGGAUGCUUCGUUUGAAGAGAAACAAGAGAGAGCGACUGCAGUAUCAAAACAUCAACAAAGAAAAUACGAAAUUUAUUCUAUAUGGUGCGAUACACUGUAUAAGCUAACAAUUGCCAAUCACUUUAGGAACAAAAUAUUCUGGCUGCCACAUAAUAUAGAUUUUCGAGGACGAGUCUAUCCUCUUCCACCUCACUUGAAUCAUCUAUCGUCUGACGUGGGUCGCUCCAUACUUUUGUUUGCGAAGGGAAAACCAUUAGGUCCAAAAGGAUUAGACUGGUUGAAAUUGCAUGUUAUUAAUUUAACAAGUUUAAAAAAAUCGUGUUCCCUCAAGGAACGUCUUGAAUAUGCAAACGAAAAUCUAGACAAUAUACUAGACAGUGCUAACAAUCCUUUGACGGGUAAAAUGUGGUGGAAAGAAUCAGAGGAACCGUGGCAAACAUUAGCGUGUUGUAUGGAAAUAGCAGAUGCGUUGAAAGCACCAGACAUAGAAAAAUAUGAAAGCAGGUUUCCAGUACAUCAAGAUGGUAGUUGUAACGGACUUCAGCAUUAUGCAGCACUUGGCAGAGAUCAGAUUGGUGCGGAGAGUGUCAAUUUGUAUCCGUUCGAUGUUCCAAAGGAUAUAUACACUACUGUUACACUUUUAGUGGAAAAAAAUCGAAAAGCUGAUGCUAAAAAUAAUGUAAAAAUUGCUCAAGUAUUGGACGGAUAUAUAAAGCGAAAAGUUAUAAAACAAACAGUGAUGACGACAGUAUAUGGUGUGACAAAGUACGGCGCAAAACAGCAAAUAGUAAAGCAAUUGAAAGAUAUAGAACAGUUGCCUGCAGAAUUCCUUUGGCCUAGCGGUACAUAUUUAACUGAAAACACAUUCUCCACUUUGAGAUCAAUGUUCACAAGUGCAAGAGAGAUUCAAGAGUGGUUUAGAUCGUGUGCUACUGUUAUUUCCUUGAUUCGUGGUGAAAUUGUAGAAUGGAAUACACCCCUAGGUUUUCCGGUUGUACAACCUUACAUAAAGCAGGAUAAAACUACUAAAAAGGCUGACACAAUGAAACAAAAGAAUGCGUUUGCACCAAAUUUUAUACACUCCCUGGAUUCUGCUCAUAUGAUGCUCACUAGUUUACAUUGUCAAAGUGCGGGUGUCACGUAUGUCUCUGUACAUGAUUGCUUCUGGACUCAUGCUUCCAGCGUAGAUACAAUGAAUAAGAUAUGUAGAGAACAAUUUGUUGCCCUUCAUACUGAACCUAUUCUUGAGAAUUUAUCGGAGUUUUUUAUACAGCGUUAUUUACCAAUUUUGAACACAGUAAAAAUUAAAGCAGACAUGAGUCCAGAAAAAGUACAUCAAAUUUUUAUAAAUGUCCCAGCAAAAGGCUCCUUUGAUAUCAAGAACGUGUUGUCAUCGACAUACUUUUUUAGUUAAUAGCUUAUACAUACGAAAGGAUUUUAUGUAAGUUAUUAGAAAAAUAAACUAUCACAUCCC